GCGGGAGAGGCAGCGAUGGCGACCGCAGCGUCCAUGCAGGAUUUGCUGGAAGAAGCCACCUGCUCCAUCUGCCUGGAGUAUUUCCAGGACCCCGUGCUCAUCCCGGAGUGCGGCCACAACUUCUGCCGGGGCUGCCUGACCCGCAGUUGGGGGACGUCGGAAUCGGAGGCUUCCUGUCCCCAGUGCAGACAGACCUUCGGGCCCCGCAACGUCCUGCCCAACAGGCAGCUGGCGCGGGUGCUGGAAAUGGCCAGGCGAUAUGGAGGCCCUUGGGGCGAGGACGGAGGGAGCCUCUGCCCGAAGCACCGGGAGCCCCUCAAGCUCUUUUGUAAACACCACGAGACCCUCAUCUGCGUGGUCUGCAACCUAUCCCAAGAGCACAGGGGCCACUUGGUGAUCCCGGCGGAGGAGGCUUUCCAGGAGUACCAGAUCAAGGUUGGGGAUUGGCUGAAGGCUCAGAAGGAGGAGAAAGAAAAAAUAGCUACAUACAAAACGGACACAGAGCAAAGAGUUCAGGAGAUGCUUGACCACAUCGAAAAAGAGAAAAAAAAUGUAGUGGCUGAAUUCAGAGAACUACAACUCUGGUUAGAAGGACAGGAGAAGCUUAUAUUGGCUAGAAUGGAAGAGACAGAGAAGAAGAUUAUGGCAAUAAAGGAGAAGUUUUUGGCCAAGCACAUGGAGGAACUGUGCUCUCUUGACGAUCUCAUCCAGGAGAUAGAGGAGAAGCAUCAGCAGCCAGCCAGCAAACUCUUAACAGAUACUCUGGAAAGUGGACUUCAACUCCAGGAAGUGGAGGUAAUUCUGGAUCCAUACAUAGACCAUCCUCGCCACGUUUGCAUCCCCGAAGAUGGAAAAAGCGUCAGAGUAUUUAAGACACGUAAACAAAUAUAUCCUUUCCUAAACAGCAGGAUAUUUGAAGGUUGUCCAUAUGUCCUUGGCUGUCAGACGUUCUCAACAGGGAGACAUUUCUGGGAAGUUACUGUAAGAAAUACAAAAGGAUGGCGUGUAGGGAUUACCGACAAGGCAUUGAACGUAAGGCAUCUUGAUGAGCACGCCAGCCACUGGCAGGUUUAUAAAUGGGAAAAGAAAUACGGGACCUACUCUCCGUCAGUACGCUCUGAACUGGUCCUGACUGAGGAGCUCACGAGGAUCCGCAUCUCUCUCAACUGCGAAGGAGGACAAGUGAGCUUUUUUGAUGCCAGGACCGCAGCACUGCUCUGUACAUUCUCAGACACUUCCUUGGUUGGAGAGACCCUUCUGCCCUGUUUCUUUUUGCGUGAUGACGCUUUAAUGACACUCCCCUAAAAGAGGGGACCUCCAUAGGCAAACCUUUGCAAAAAUCCCUAUUUGCUAAGCUGUAGUCGCUGAAAGCCUUUAAAACAGAGGUUCCUUAGCUUUUUGGCUACUACACCUUCCUUGGAUGCCACACUGAGUUGCUUGCGGUUGUGUAGCCUUGGAAAUGGAAAGAAUGGGUCAGUCAAUCAAUUUAAAAAAUGAGGUGUCCUGUGGGAGCUUUAUAGGCUUUAGUGUUAUGUGUUCAAGUGUAUCAAUAUUAAGGAUACCUUAUCUUACACGGCUAAACCCAUAAAUCAUGGGUUUUAGAUGUCCGUCACAGCUCUCCUUCCCAUUUAUGUAUCCUGCUUGUUUCUUUAAUGUUUAGUUGCAAUCAGUGAGUGUGUAGGUUCCCAUAAUUUAAUAUAUUCUGUUUUCUUUCCCUUUUUUUCUUUCUUUUUUUCUGUUUCUUUUUAAAUGUACACAAUAAUCAUAAUCCCAACAAACUAGCAGGGCUUCAGCAAAUAUUAGACUCAAUGUAAGAUUUACAGCUUCCUAGGCUUUUUUUUUAUA